AUGUUCAGACUGUUUGCCGCAGUGGUGGUUGCCGGUUUGAUCCUGGCGUGCUUUACUUCUUGGGUGUUGGACAGCUAUGGUACUACUUGGCACCCCAAACGGAGUUUACAGCAGUCUGAUGGAGAACAUGUUGAUCCACCGUAUCCGGGAGCUGAACUGGAUAACGUAUUUUGGUUUAUGCAGAUAUCAGACAUUCAUAUCAGUCGCUUUCGAGAUCCUAAACGCAUCCCAGACUUUGAAAAGUUCUGUACAGACACUAUCGAUGUCAUCAAACCAGCUCUUGUGCUGGCAACAGGGGAUUUAACAGAUGCAAAGACUGAGAAUAAAGUAGCCUCGCUUCAACAUGAGGUGGAGUGGCAGGCCUAUCACAAUGUGCUAAAAAGAUCACGAGUGCUGGAACGUACCAAAUGGAUCGACAUUCGUGGAAACCAUGAUGCCUUUAAUAUCAUAUCUCUGGACAGUGUGAACAAUUACUACAGAAAAUAUUCUGCCAACCAGAAAACUGGAUCGUUUCACUAUGUACACAAAACCUCCUUUGGGAACUAUUCGUUUAUCUGUGCUGAUGCCACCCUCACACCUGGACCUAAACGCCCCUAUAACUUUUACGGAAUACUUAAUCAGGAUCAAAAUGACAUGCUGGCGUUGUUUGGCCAGGAGAGUCACAGCAGCAAUCAGACAAUCUGGUUUGGACACUACACCACCUCCACCAUCAUCUCUCCAUCUCCUGGAAUCAGAACCCUAAUGAGUGGGGCAGUGGCGUACCUGUGUGGGCACCUGCACACGCUGGGGGGUAUCAUGCCUCUCCUCCAUAGCAGACAUUCUUCUGGAACACUGGAAUUGGAGUUGGGAGACUGGAUGGACAAUCGCAGAUACAGGGUGCUGGCUUUUGACCAUGACCUGUUAAGCUUUGCAGACCUAACGUUUGAGGACUGGCCGGUGGUAAUCAUCACCAACCCUAAAGAUGCGCAGUAUCUACACCCGGGUUUGGAGCCUCUUGGUCGCAUUGUCAGCUCCACACACAUCAGGAUCCUGGUAUUCUCUCCAGCACCAGUGACAGCAGUGAAUGUGAAUGUGAAUGGUGUCGCACUAGGUGAAGCACUGAGUGUAGGCGGUCCUCUGUAUGUUCUGCGCUGGGACCCUAAAAUGUACUCCACUGGACUGCACACCAUCACUGUCAAAGUAGAUGACUCAGCAGGACGCUCCAAGGUGCGAGAGCAGCUUUUCACCCUGCAGGAGGACCUCACACCCAGCUUUGGCCUCCUACAGUCUUUUUUCUUGCUCACUGAUUACUACAUCUUGGCACGGAUUGCUUUUAUAGUCGCCAUAUUAGUGAAUAUAGGUGUUCUUGUUGCCUUCAGAUUCAUGAACACUCCAACUACUCGAGGUGCGGCUCAGUGCCUUGUCUUUUCAGGGUCCUUCUCAAAAGCAUACAUGUCUCUGCACCUUGUCAGCAAGAUCAACAUUUUCUACUACAGCUUGCUGCUGUUUAAUUUGUGUACAGCAUUAGGUCCAUGGUUCAUUGGUGAGGUAGUUGAUGGACACACUGGAGCCUGCUUUGCCUUUGGUGUAUUUGUGAAUGGGCAUUUUCUGGAGGGCAGUUUGACCUAUGUAGUAGGUGUGCUACAGGUGAUCUUUUUUAACAUGCCUCUGACGUCUUACCUCUGCUGGAGUCUGCACCAACGCUGCCACGGCUGCUCCUUCCGCUCCCACUUUUGCUGGUCCACUUGUCGGAGGACUCUUAUAGUACACCUGAUCAUGCUUCUUCUCUUCAUCUGGCAGGCAUACUCCUGCUACUUUCUACUGGAAACCUAUGGCCUGCUGGCAUUCAUCUUGUCUCCGGUGCGUACAUGGGCACUGCUGAUGGGGCUGCUGCUUGUCCUUAAGGCCUGGAUGGGACCAGCUCCAAAUCUUUCCAACAAGAGAGACACAGGGUUAUGA